CUAUUAAGAAGAGCUUGGCGGGCCGCGAUCACUGCAGGCCCCCGGGAAAGCAGACCGGCCAUAGACCCAGCGGGACCACGGAUCUUCGGCGGAGGGAGCAGCGCCGGGGUGCACGCUUGGCACCAUGGCCCAGACGCCAGCUUUCGACAAGCCCAAAGUAGAACUGCACGUCCAUCUGGAUGGAGCCAUCAAGCCUGAAACUAUCUUAUAUUAUGGCAGGAAGCGGGGCAUCACCCUCCCUGCCGACACACCAGAGGAGCUGCAGGACAUCAUCGGCAUGGACAAGCCGCUCAGCCUCCCGGGCUUCCUGGCCAAGUUCGCCUACUACAUGCCCGCCAUCGCGGGCUGCCGGGAGGCCAUCAAAAGGACUGCCUACGAGUUUGUGGAGAUGAAGGCCAAGGAGGGUGUGGUGUACGUGGAGGUGCGCUACAGCCCGCACCUGCUGGCCAACUCCAAAGUGGAGCCGAUCCCCUGGAACCAGGCUGAAGGGGACCUCACCCCAGAUGAGGUGGUGUGUCUAGUGGACCAGGGCCUGCAAGACGGAGAGCGAGACUUCGGGGUGAAGGUGCGGUCCAUCCUGUGCUGCAUGCGCCACCAGCCCAACUGGUCCCCCGAGGUGGUGGAGCUGUGUAAGAAGUACCGGCAGCAGACCGUGGUGGCCAUCGACCUGGCCGGAGAUGAGACCAUCCAAGGCAGCACCCUCUUCCCUGAACACGUGCAGGCCUACGCGGAGGCCGUGAAGAGCGGCGUCCACCGCACGGUCCACGCCGGGGAGGUGGGCUCGGCUGAGGUGGUGAGAGAGGUGAGUGGCUGGGCAGGCGGUGGGGCCCUUCUCCCCGCUCGCCCCGCAGCCCGUGCUGGGCUCCACGCUGCUUGUCAACAGGCCGUGGACGUGCUCAAGACCGAGAGGCUGGGGCACGGCUACCACACUCUGGAGGACCCGGCCCUCUACAACAGGCUGCGGCAGGAAAACAUGCACUUCGAGGUCUGCCCCUGGUCCAGCUACCUCACCGGCACCUGGAAGCCAGGCACGGAGCAUGCAGUCGUUCGGUUGCCCUGGGACUGAGUCCUGGGCGAGGCCUCAGGAGGGAAAAGCUGACCCAGAAGUUCACUAAGAACUCGGGGUGACCAUAUUCAGGCCAGCACUGAGGUCUGUCCGCCAAGCUUACGAGAAGGAGAGGAGCUUGGGCUCGCUCACACUCUGAUUACAAGGCGGGCCCGAGCUGCUUUAGGAGUGUGGAGUGUGCAGUACCUACAGGACACCCAAGUGGAGGCUCUUGGAGGCAUGUGGGCAUACAGCCUGUGGGCUGGAGAAAGACUCAGAGUCACCUAGAGAUACGGUGGUUGAAGGAGAAGUGAUGGCCUCAGCAGACGGGGGAGCACGAGGGCCUAGGAUUCUGGUAACUGACUGUACUGCUGAACUGAAUGAAUAAGCAUUUUCAGAACUCUAAUGGAAAACUGAUGAAUUCAUAAAAGUACUAACAAAAGAUCAAGGUAAACAAAAUUACAUGGGACUGAGUGAACUGAGGAGGAUGAUUAUAAUUUUUGUGAUUUUCUGUUUGAAUAGAAAAAAAGAGGGCCUAGGAGAGAAUCCAGGACAGUGACAUUGAAGGCACAGGCAGGAGGAAAGCCAAGAGUGCGGUGUCCAAGAAAUCUAGGGAAAAGGUCAACAGUAUAAAAUUCUGCUCCACAAGUCGGGUGAGGUUAGAGCUAGGAAAAGUCCAUUGGAUUUAAUAAGAUGGUGGCCAGGGAUUAUGCUAAGAACAGUCCCCAUGGCGUGUCUGAAGAGUCAGAUCCCAGGGGGGCUGAGGACGGUUGGUGAAGGGGCAGACGACUCGCAGAGUGCGGCUGUGGAGGGCAGGGCCAGAGAGGGGGUAGCUAGAGCGGGCUGUUGCUUUUCUGGCCUCGCCAAGCCGGCCCCUCUCCUGCCUUUGCCUGGCUCUGGCCUGGCUGGAUGGCUUUAAGUCUUGAGUUGCUAGUAAUGUGGCCUUGGACAAGUCACCCGAGUUCCCUGAACUUGUGUCUUCCUCUGUACAACGAAGAGAACCUCCAGGCCUGUCUAAGGGUGCCGCGCGGUUCAAAGGAGUGUGGAUGUCCACGUGCAGAGACUUUACACAGCAGUAAUGGGAGGCGCUUCUCCCCCUCCCCCCCACCCCCC